ACCUGUGACCUCCCACGCCCGCGGCGCGGGGCAGCGCUGUAGCUUUAACGCGGGCGCUGGAAGCGGGAGGGGGACAGCAGUGCCAGCUCCGGCCCCGGAGCCGCCGCAGAUCCCUCACUGCUGCCUGCCAUGGAGAGCCGCAGCCUCCUCGCCGCCCUCCUGGCUGCUGCCCUCACCGCGCUGCUGCCGCGUCCCGUCGCGCCCUCGGCCCACCGCAAGCUCCUGGUGUUCCUACUCGACGGCUUUCGCUUCGACUACAUUGAUGACAGCGAGCUGGAGGGUUUGCCGGGCUUUCGGGACAUUGUGAACAUGGGGGUGAAGGUGGAUUACAUGACCCCAGACUUCCCCAGCCUCUCUUAUCCAAAUUACUACACACUGAUGACGGGUCGCCACUGUGAGGUCCAUCAGAUGACAGGAAACUACAUGUGGGACCAGAAGGCAAAUGUAUCUUUUGAUAUUGGUGUGAAUAAAGAAAGCCUGCUGCCUCUCUGGUGGAAUGGAUCAGAGCCUCUGUGGGUCACAAUGAUGAAAGCUAAAAAGAACGUUUCCAUGUACUACUGGCCAGGUUGUGAGGUUGAAAUCCUUGGAGUCAGACCAAGUUAYUGCCGCGAGUACUUCAGCGUCCCAACAGACAGGAACUUCGCAGAUGCCAUCAUUGAUGCCCUUGAGUCUUUGUGCAAUGGCAGUGCUGAGAUGGCCGCAGUGUACUACGAGCGCAUUGAUGUGGAAGGCCACCAUUACGGCCCUCGGUCCCAGCAGCGGAAGAACGCUUUGAAGGAAGUGGACAAAGCCUUGAGCCACAUGAUCUCACUCAUCAAGAGCAAAGGCCUUCAGAACCAUAUCAAUGUCCUCCUCUUCUCUGAUCAUGGUAUGACAGAUAUCUCUUGGGCAGAUAAAGUGAUUGAGCUGAAAAACUAUAUCAAUAUGAGUCAUACCAUACAAAUGAAAGACCGAGGUCCUGUUGUGAGUCUCUGGCCAGCUCCAGAGAAGCAUGCAGAGAUAUAUCAAAAAUUGAAAGCUGUGGAACACAUGGAUGUUUAUAACAAAGAGGAUAUUCCAAACAGGUUUUUCUACAAAAAAGGAAAAUUUGUAUCUCCACUAACUCUUGUGGCUGAAGAAGGAUGGUUCAUAGUAGAGAGCAGGGACAAGCUGCCCUACUGGGAGAAUGGGACAGGGAGGAAGGAGGCCUGGCAGAAUGGCUGGCAUGGCUACGACAAUGAGCUCAUGGACAUGAGAGGCUUCUUCCUCGCAUAUGGACCAGAUUUCCGAUCCAACUACCGAGCGCCUCCCAUCAGAUCCGUGGAUGUUUACAAUAUCAUGUGCAGCCUGGCAGGAAUACAGCCAUUGCCCAACAAUGGCUCCUGGUCCAGGGUGGAGUGCAUGCUCCGAAACACAGCCCCCUUGGCACCACUCCCCCCAUGCAGCAGCUGUGUCCUGGCACUAGCUCUGCUCUCCCUGUUCACCAGGCAGAUCUCCUUAUUGUGAUCCCUGAACAAUGUCAGUCAGUGUCACCAGCAACUCCAUCCUUCUCUGUUUGUUUUUUCAAAGUUCUUCAUUUGAAUAAUGGCUUCAUUAAUAGAGUGCUGUCCCCCACUCCUCCAUUGUGCUCCACCAGGCGUGAAUUUGACCCAUCCUCCAUUUACCAUAGUUUUAACAUGAAGCCAGGUUUUGUGCUGCUCCAAACAGAGCCAGGGACAAUGGUGUUUCUCACCUUGACUUACAGCACUGGCGAUGAGAGCAGAAUCCUGGCAGGCUAUCCAAAAAGUUUUCUGGUGGGUGCACAUGGGAUCUCUGAAUAUCAAACACAUGUCACCCCAGCAUCUUUCAUUGGGGAGCUCACCCUGGCUCCCCAUACUGAGAAGCUCAGGAGUGGAGACUGACCUCUUUGCAUUUAUCUGGGUUCAUCYUGAUUCAUUCCUUCCAGCUCUGUCAGCAGCAGAGCCCCAUCUUCUUACAGCACCAGCCAAACCCUGUCUGAACUGACCUGUCCUUCAAUGAGCCAAGAGCUUUUCUGAGURUCUAUAAUGCUGAGAGGGGUGGGUCAGCAGGAGAGCAGUGAGAGCAUCCUGCUUCUCUCAGUAUUUCCUUCUUCAUUUUUGCCAGUGCAAUUACUGGCUCUGCCCACUUCCAGGGCCAGGAUUUCCUCGUGGACCACAGUGGUGGGGAGGCCUGGGAAAGGGCAGAGUGACAGAAAUCCUCCACUUCAAAGCCAGUGGGAAAGUGCAAAGACAUCUGGGCRUACAAGGGUCAGGAGAAAACAGAAUGAGGAAGCCUGGCAUUUAACAGCCUCUCUGUUUUUCUUGGUGAAGAUAAUAUCAUUUGCUCACAUUUUGAUAUUUUAUAUCAAAUUGCAUUUUGAAGGUUUCUCAACACUUACUGCUCUUCUACCAGCUCUUGCUCUCUAUACCACUGCCUGAUGACCAGCACAUUUCCCUCUGUUCUGCAGCAGGGAGAGAGGUCUGCACUGAUAGAUCUCCCACCCUCCCAGCUAAUCCUAGUGAUUAUUUCCACCAUGGGCUCUCAAGUACAAAGUUGUAACAGCAAAGUUAAAUUAAAUAGCAGGAGAAGAUAGAGCUGUUGCCGGCAGUGCCUUUGGGAGCGUACAGCGUUUUAUCUGAUAUACCUCUGAACCAGGAGCUUUCAGCGACAAACUGCCUUUGGAAGGACUGAGGUAAAACAAACCUCUAGGACUUUCAACUCUUAUGGAUCCAGAGUCAAGCACGAUCUAGGUAUAUGUGGUACAGAGCAUUUAAGGGUGAAUGAUUACACUGUGGAGAAAAAAAAAACAAACACCAAAUUAAACUUGACAAAAGACUUCUGUAAUAGUUGUAAAGAUUUAUGUAAUGUGUUUUUAAAGCUCAAGUGAACCAUCAAAUCAAUUGGGAAAAAAAUGGAAAAGAUCAGUCUUUGUUAUUAGACUGUUGAGUAUAAAAGGCAAUUUAGUGCUUUCGAAGCAUUUGCAGUAGCUGUAAAACAAGCACCUAUUGUUCAGAGUUCCCUGUUGCUCUUUAAUGGACCAGGCUCAAUUAAAUCAUUGGAGCACACUUUUAAAGAAAAAAGCUCAGCAUAGAUAACUAAAGAUAAGGUAGCUAAAUUACCAAGUUUUCUCUGAAAAUCAACAGCAUAGAUGCCAUCAAUGCCUGCUAAACCUUCCACAACCUGCCAUUUUAAGUCUUCCCAGCAAACAGAAACCAAGGUCUUCUUACAGAACAAAUGUUUCUAAAGGUAAAAGGGUAUAUUCAGCUCCUCAGUUAUACAAACAGAAACUGAAAAGARCAAAUUGUGUCCAUUGAGUUGUUCCACAGAUACGCCAUGACACAGGAAACCAACAUUGAUCCUUGUGAGUACUUUAGGUAACUAUUUUUUGUUAGCAUCCACAUGCAAAUACUGAAUGGUAAAUCCAAUUGAAAUAUGAUUUGUUUGACCUUAAUGCAAGCAUUGUGUGCAUGGUGGAAGAUACUUGGUCUGUAAAAGGGAAUUUUGAUGRCAGACCUUCAAGAAGCUUACUUGCUUCAGGAGAACUACAGCUCAUUAUUUUCUGAAGAGUGCAUCUUCCUCAGAAAUAUUGUACCUCUGAAUCAGUUCACGUUCUCAUUCAAAAAUCAAGUGUCUUAACUCUUGCCUGUUUUUCUUUAUGCUAUGCAAUGGAGGUGGGUGUAUUUUAAAACCUAUUUCUGAAUGAUGUUUUUAUACAAUGACUGAUUGUGAAUGAGUGAAUAAUUCUAAAAAUGGUGUUAGAAAAAACACAUUUUUGUAAAUACUGUAAGACUUUUGAAGAAAAAAAACAACCCCAAACCUUCCCUUCAACACUUUGCCUUUCUUGUCUAAUUGCUGCAUCUAAGUGUGAUAAACAGUGUUUGAAGCUUGAGCUGAUUAAUUAUCAGAAAGACAAAAUGAUAACAUUGUUUAGAAAUGGCAAAGUGGUCAGCAUGUAAAUUAAGGACAUUAAAUGCAUCACAGGAGAUAAUGUAUCUUGUAUAUGCAGUCAUUUUUUCCAGAUGCAUCUCAAUGUUUAACCUUUUCAACAUCUAUCCAGGGAUAUGUAAUUCCCACUAGCCAAUGGACGUGACAAAACAUUUUGCACUUCUAGAGAAGAGAGGCAAGCCCUGGAUGCUGUCUCCAGACCCACUUCUCUAAGUCUACUGUGUUACCAUCACAUCAGCUGCUUGCACAAAUGAAGAGCAUCGUCACUGGUAUGAGGGGGCAGUAGGUUCCGGAUUUCCAGAGCCCCCCUUUCCCAGCAGAUGGUGCAAAUGUCAACAAGACCCAAAAACCAACACUGUGGGCCUCAAGGACAAGGGGGUGCCUAGUCCACUUUAGGCUCCACAAACCAACAAUGUCCAUGGAAGACACUAAUUGAAAAGAAAGUCUCCAAGCCUACUCUGUAGAGUUUAUCUUCUUUUCCUUUUAUAUUAACAGACCACAGAGCAGGGAGUGGAUGGAGGACCAGUGCAGGUAUGCAAAUGAGUCCUUUAAUUCACAGCAGGACUCCCUUUGAACCAGCAGUACUGUCAAGGUCUGCUGGAGAUGCUCCCCUCAUGUCCCAUGAACAUGGAUCCUCAGAAAAAGAGGGUGCUGAGGGACUGCCUUCAUUGGAACAAGUCUCAGUCAGCUCCCCAUAACAGAGCCAAAAAUGGCAAUUUCACAGCAAAGUAAACUGAGCCUUUUUUAUCAAUGAGCAUGGUGGCCAUGCAAAUGGAACAGCUGGCCAAGGCUCAGUGGAUGAGUCCUCCAAUAUCCCUCAGGAUGGAGUCUGCAUUGCCUGCACAGUCUGCAGCCUUCUGGAGACACCUUCCCAUUGGCCAGGACACUGGCCUGCACUCUGCACAAGUACAGGGACUUCACUAAUAAGGGGUGAAGGAGAAAAUUUUUUGGUGCUGGUCAUCUUUCUUGUCUCCUAACUAACACAUUACAAUAUAUCACAGAAUCACAGAGUAUUCUGAGUUGGAAGGCACCCACAGGGAUCAACAGGUCCAACUCCUGGCCCUUUACAGGACCAUCCCCAAGAGUCACACCACAUGCUUGAGACUAUUGACCAAAUGMUUCUUGAAYUCUGUCAGGCUUGGUGCUGUCAGAUGGCAUCUGUCAGAUGUAAAACUGUACACCUCAAGGGCAGGCACAGACCAAUUGAGCUCUGGGCACUGGGAAGUGAAAGGCAUUGGAAAAGCUUCACGUAACAUUUCCUCACCUUCUUUUCCUUGUAGGGCUGUGGCAGAGAGGGCAGGUGGCAGCAAAUCCAACAGGAAUUUUUAAAGAAAACAUGGCCUAAUGAAAGAGAAGGUUUGAAACCCUUUAUUUUAGCCUAAGAAGACUUUAACAGCUGUUUUAAAAUACAACUUUCACCUACACAGAAAAACUUUUUUUUGUAUAAGUAUUGAAACACAUCUAAGUUAAGGGAAUGUCCAAAAAUAAGAACAUUUCAGAAUUACAGUUGACUGGACACUGAUUCUUAAGCUCCAUAGAGAUGGAUUGUAUGGAUUAUAGGGACCAACUGUAUGGAUUAUUCUGAUAUUUCAAACACAUGUAAAUUGCUAUGGACUUAUAAACCAGUAUGGGGUUAUCCCAAAUCUGUAUCACUUACACCAGUUCCACUCUGUCAGUCCAAUUUCAUCAGGAAAACAUUAUGAGCUGCCAGCCAGCCUGCCCUGGUCUCUCCUUACCCCAGUCAGGUGUCUGUCCGAGAUGUGGGGAAUACCUUGCUGCAGCCACACAUGAAGGCUGCUGCCCUGGCUGACCAGGAUCUACCAUUCACAGGGCCUGCAGAUAACUUCAGGGUCRAAGACACCCACCAGCAGCAGCCCUGAAACAGUGGGAUGUGCUCCAUCGGCUCAGGAGGCUGGGGCAGGCUGGGAACAGGCAGUGGCAGAGCAGAGGAAAGGCCAAACGGGCCUGGAAGUGGAGAUCACAGAAGCACAGAAUGGGUCAGGUCGGAAGCGACCAUAGUGGGUCAUGUGUUCCAAGCUCCCUGCUCAAGCAGGGUCGUCCCAGGGACACAGGAUGGUGUCCAUUUGGUUCUUGAAUCUCCCCAGUGAGACUCCACAGCCUCUCUGGACAAUCUGUUCCAGUACACAGUCAAGCACAAAGAAGUUCUUUCUCACAUUCAGGUGGAACUUCCUCUGUAUCAGGUUCUGCCCGGCUGCCUCUUGUGCUAUUGCUCGGCACCAUGAAGAAGAGCCUGGCUCCAUCCUCUUGACACCCUUCCUACUCAUGAGGUCGCUCAGUCAUCUCUCUUCAAGGCUGAACAGCUCUGCUCCCUCCGCGUUUCACCAUGAGAUGUUCCAAUCCCUUGAUCUUGUCUUUGCCCUCCGCCGGACCCGCUCCAGGAGCCUCGUGUGUCUCUCGUACUGAGGAGCCCAGAAGGGGGCACAGAUUUGCCCACACGCCACCUCCACGGCCCCGCUGGCCCAUUUUCCGAGCGGACCGGCCGCAGGGCGGAGCGGCGCGGGCGCGGCUCCUCAGGGCCUCAGGGAGCAGCUCCGGGAGCCCGGCCCGGCCGCGCCCCCUGCCGGCCUGCCCGCAAACAGCGCCUUCGGGAUAAAGGUAAUCCUUGCUCUCAGUAAGGACASUAACGAUUGAGACGUUUUCGUCAUGCUGUGUCUCUCAUCGCAGCUUUUUCUCUCUCUCCCCCUUAACGCUCCCUGAUAGUCUUUGCGCUAUGGCCGAGUCCUCCUCAGCAGUAACCCAAACCCGCUGCUUCCAUGCAGCAUUCCGAGCGAGCCUCCCACCUGCUCCUGCUCCUGCUCCUGCUCCUGUUUCACGGGAGGAUGAGUGGGCGCAGCAAGAACUACGUGUGUAGGUGGCCAUGAAUGAUCCAAGACAGGAACCAGUUGGGUGUUCCCCACUCCCCACUCUCAGGACUUAGGCUGCAUCUCAAGCUGCCUUUGUUGUCAUUAAAGCCUGACCCCACUGGUGGGAAACAAGAUAGAUAAAAGCAGGAAAGGGAGGGAAGCAGGGGAGUGAUGCAGCUUUUGCUCUGCUACUUGCGUCCACUUGCAGUUUGGCUUGAUGUUGAAUGCAAAAUCUUCGGGUCAGAUGUCCCAGGAGUGCCAUACUGGGAACUCUGAGCUUUUGUGAGCACAGGCGAACUCUGUCACAGGUACCAAAGGAAUGAUGAGGAGGGAUAGGGAGAGUGGGUUGAGGUGGGGGAAAUUCAGUGCCCACCUUCCCCACCAGCACGGAUCAGGGCUUAGCUGAGCUCCAGGGAGCUUGUUUUGAUCUUCUCUCGGUCGCAGCAAACGAGGCAUUUUAAUAUCAGGGUUGUAUCAGUCUUCAGGAGCAAGGGGCACCRGUGCAUGCACAGGAGAUGUUCCUCUGUCCCUCACCAAGGGGUUGCAAGUGGCCAGCCCCGAAAUGUCUGCAUUCUCUGCUGGGACCAUGUGGGUAUCUCCCACAUGACCAAAUUUCUGUGGCUGCCAGAGUAGACACUGACAGCUCUUGAGCAGCCUUCUGUUUUUCUCAAGAAAUUAAUAAUACACUAAAACAUUACUCGUCACUUAGAUAUAUUGUUCAGUGAAUAGCAAUUAAACCUCAAAAUUGGCUAGAGACACUGUCAUUGCUUUCUUGCCAGAGAGAAAAAGGGAGGCUGAGCUGGCAUCGGCUGUUGCAAACACUUUGGAAUGCAGGUCAGGCUUGCAGGGGAUCAUCCACAAUCCCUGCUGAACACCCUGCCAGCCUGCUGCUCUCACUGGGCUGCCUCCAUGCAAAGGCUUCUGGUCACAUAAAUGUAUGUGACUGGACCAUGUGUCCAUUAGAGACAGUUCUAACCUUUCUGCAGUGGUCCCAUGUGCUGCUCAUCCUGUAUCACAUAAACAACCAGUGCAUUCGCAUUCACUGUGUGCCCUGUUGAGGUUAAUUUUACCACUGCAGGACAUGGCCAUACCAAGUGACGCAGCAGGAUCCUGCUUCUGAGUUCUGACAGGUGCCUCCCACCCUCUACAUGGUCCCUGGGCAGAAUGAGGCCCUGACACAUUCAAAAUCAAUUUUUUGGAAGUGCUUAUUUGCCUCCCAAUGUAUCCAUCCAUCCAUCCAUCCAUCCAUCCAUCCAUCCAUCCAUCCAUCCAUCCAUCCAUCCAUCCAUCCAUCCAUCCAUCCAUCCAUCCA